AUGAACAGGAACAGCACCCCUGAGGCGGGGGCCGUCUCCUCUCUGCGGCCCCCUAGAUCCGUUGGUGUCACCGCCAGCAACCACCCUCUCCGAGCUUCGGCGGACGUAGCCGCCCUGUCCAGCUCUGCUGCUGCAAGCCGUAUACGCCCUUCGUCGGACUUCUACGGCCAGCAGGGCCAAGGCCAGGGUGCCGACUCUGAUCCCCAGGACAAGAUGACCCAGCAAUGGAUCGCCGAUAUUGACCAGUACGAGACCACUCUCGAGGAGAUGGCCGCUGCUACUCUGGACCAGGACUUCAAGGACGAGCUCAGUGCUAUUGAACAGUGGUUCCGAGUCCUCUCCGAGGCAGAGCGUACUGCUGCGCUCUACGCUCUGUUGCAGCAGACCACCCAGGUCCAGAUCCGCUUCUUUAUCCAGGUCCUUCAGCAGAUGGGCAAGAACCAUCCCAUGUCGGGCGUUCUGUCUCCUGCUACUUUUGACAAGGAUCCCAUGUCGAACCGCCUCAGCGAUGCCAUGAACAAGCUCAAUGUCUCGUCCAACAGAAACUCUCUUGCUCAGCCACCGGCUUCCGCGAAGAGGCAGUCGGGUCUCGACCAGGGCACCAUCAAUGCCAUGUUCCCCGACGCAGCCGCGGCCAUUGCCACGGAGAAAGCCAAGUUCACGCAGAAGACUGGUGCCCAGCCGCCAUCGAACCGCAACAGCACUGCCGUCGACCACCGCAGCUCCAUGGCUACAGGCAUCUCUGGAUCUGGCGAGGGCUUGGACUCAGCCUCCCAGAACCCCACUUCGCCGUGGAACAACGAGCAGAGCUCGUCCCAGGCCAAGCCAGCUGCGGCAGGACAGCCUCCCAUGGGGCAGUUUGUUCAGCCACCGCCCUCGGGUGGCGGUCUGCGUUCCCCGCGGCCUCCUCAGCUUGGCGGUAUCCAGAACACCACGCUCAACUUGCCCGACAAGUCUGGGGUCGAUAUGCCCUUGCUCUCUCCGUAUGCUGCUGGUUCCAGUGGUAACUGGGCUUCAAUGGUCAACACGCCCAUGGUGCCCAACUUCAACCAGAAUAACCAGGCAGACAUGGUUGCCAACGCUACCGCCAUGAAGCUCGCCGCACUCUCCACCGUUAACAACCGCUUCGCUCUUGACGACGUUCGCAAGUACCGCCGAGCUCGGUCCAACGACCCGGCCGGCCACAACCAGUUGCCCAUGUCCCCUGGCCCAGGUGCGACAAACUUCGCUGGUGCCAAUAUUGUCAUGGUCAAUGAGCAUGGGCAGGUCUUGAAUCGCGAUCAGAUGCUUGCUCUGCAGAGCCAGCAGGCCAUGGGUGGCUUCGCGCAAAACCGAUCCCGCCCGAACUCGCCAGGCAUUGCCAUGCACUCUGCGCUGAGCCCCAUGGGUGCGUUCGCGUCGCCCCAGGCGAACGGCUUCCUGAGUGCAUAUGAUGGCCAGAACCCCUUGCUCACUGGUGGGCUUGGGGGUAUCGGCAUGGGGCAGCUAGGGCUUCCCAAUGAGGGCUACCUCUCAGACCACUCGGAGAUCAACAGGGGACGGUCGCCUAGAGGUCGCCGUGGCAGCUCGAAGCCCCCGGAGGAUCCUACCGACCCCAGCCUCCUCCAGGAUAUCCCAGCUUGGCUGCGCAGCCUUCGUCUGCACAAGUACACUGAUAACCUCAAGGACAUGAAGUGGACGGAUCUGGUCGAGCUGGACGACAAGGCUCUGGAGGAUCGCGGCGUCAAUGCGCUGGGCGCGCGCAGAAAGAUGUUGAAGGUGUUUGAACAGGUUCGAGGUAUGUGA